UUUUUGGACAGAAAACUUAAUCUUAAAUUAUAAAUGGAGUGAAUCUGUACACCCAAAGAUGGCAUGCAGGGCCAGGAUUCAGAUUUAGUGGGGAAUGUCCGUGGUUUAUCCACCCGCAUAACUUUUACUACAGAGAGGGAUAUUAACGACGAAGAGGAAAGCGGCCCACAAUUUUAUUAUGCCCCUCAUGCUAAGGCUAAUCAAGGAGAAGAAGAUUAUAAGUACCCAUCUGGCGAUAGAAAGAACUCAGCCGGUGCAUUGAAGGAGAGUGACGACAAAGAGAUUUACAGCUAUGAUCAAUCUUCUAGACUAAUUAAGAACGCCAAAUCAACACUUCCAAGUGACAUUAAGGAGUAUGCAUGAAGAAAUUAUACAGAAAGGGGCAUAACUGCAAAACCUAAUUAUGAGAGUUCUACCUCUAACCAUAAAUUAAGAGUGAAAGAUUUUGAAUUCCUUGGGCUUCUUGGAGAAGGAGCUUUCGGAAGAGUCUUCCAUGUUGUUCGAAAAUCCGAUGGAGAGCAAUUCGCUCUUAAAGCUAUCCGAAAAAUGGACUGAAAGAAUAUAAAAGAAAGAAUUCACCGAGAAAGAGCACUGAUGACUGAUAUAAACCAUGUUGGAAUCAUCAAGCUGUACAGCACCUUCCAGGAUUCAAAGAACCUGUAUUUUCUAUUAGAGUUAGCUUCAAACGGAGAGCUUUACACAUACAUGAAAAAUGAGGAAAUUCUACAAUAUAAGCAGGCGAAAUUCUUAGCUGCAGAGAUUCUGAGCAUGAUUGAGUACUUAAAGGAUCAAAAAAUCUCCCAUAGAGAUCUUAAACCUUCAAAUCUCCUAUUUGACUCAAGAAUGCGACUGAAGCUCGCAGAUUUUGGUUCAGCCAAAUCCUUCCUUGAUCAGGAGGUACAAUCGGAUGAGGUGCAAAACAGGCAGUCAGGAGGCUCUCCAACCAAAAGAUCUAUCAGGCGAAUGAAUACUUUCGUUGGGACUGUAGAGUACAUGGCGCCUGAAAUUAUUCAGGGCACUUGAACGAUGAACAGUUGUGACCUCUGGUCAUUUGGGAUUAUCAUCUAUAAAUUCUUUGCAGAGUCAUCACCAUUUCAAGGUGAGUUCGAUGAAGAUACAAUAAGAAAGAUUGAAGAGGAAGAUCCCAUUUUUCCAGAAAAUUUUCCAGAAAUGGCCAAGGAUCUCUGUGAAAGGCUUCUUGAAAAAGAUCCCCUCAAGAGAAUUGGAUGUGGGAAGGAGGGAACAGAACUUGAUAUGUUCUCCCUUAAAGCCCAUCCCUUCUUUGAUGGGAUUGAUUUUGAAUACCUGGAAUUUAGUGAAUCUCCAAUUCCUAUUCCUACAGUUUUACUUUCAUCUACAAAAUCAAAAAUUAUCGAAAAAUGAAGGAACUCUGCUCCUGUAAAAUCAGAAAAGGCUUCUUCCACUAUCACUGAACCAACAGAUUUCACAUCUGCGUGUGGAAAAUCUAGGGUGCAUAACUUAGACAAUUGAAAAACACUUGAAGACUUUUAUCAAAAUUCUAUAGCCAAAAACAUUAGAGUUUUAUUCAAAGGGCCUCUCAAGUACAGAUCUCGUAUGCUCAUCACCUACAAUUCUGCAACAGCUUUGUUCACUGACGAGCCUGCCUUAUAUCUGUACUCCCAGAACAAAGGACUUCUGAAGGCUAGAUAUAAUAUUCCAAGUUAUGUUUUCACUCAAAAAGGGAGCAAUAGAAGUUUUAGUGAAAACGGCAAAAAUAUUUGAAGGUCUAAUAAAUUUAAUCUCAAACAAAUAAAAGUUGGAGGUUCGGAUUUUGAAAAAGACACCCAGGAUGCAACUGUCGAGGAUACUUCUUAUAAACCGUGCAAAUUUAAGAUGUGCACAAGGAAAGUCUCUGAUGAGACUAUUGAUUCUCCCUCAGACUUGGUCUUCCUCCUUAACAAAUAUUGUGCUAAGGAGUAAAGUUGGUUACUAAAUAGGGAGAAUCCAUUUUAUAUCAUAAAUGAUUCA